AUGCAAAUAGUGGACUGGCUUCCGGGGUCGUGGGUGGAUGAGGGCUCGGAGAGCAGGCUGGUAGCGGCGACGGCAGAGAGAAAGAGAGGGAAAGAUAGAGAUAGAGAGUUUGAAGAGGACUUACUGUAUUACAGUGGAGGACAGAAAGCUUUGGCAGCUGAGCUUCAAUGGCGGGUGAGAGAAGGGAGGCAGCUGAAAAAGAAGUGA